AUGCCGUACGGCCUGGUCAACCAAGCCACCAACGCCUUCGAAGCCCUCAAGAAAGCCUUCACCACCGCUCCACUCCUCGUCCACCCAAAUCCAGAUCUGCCCUUCGUCGUGGAGGUGGAUGCUUUCACCACAGGAGUGGGAGUGGUGCUAUCUCAGCAGCAGGGGAUGCCAAGUAGACUCCAUCCAUGCACUUUCUUCCUCUGCAAGCUCAACCCAGUGGAGAACUUGGAAUACCUGAGAGCUGCAAAGAGACUCAAUCCCCGUCAAGCAUGGUGGGCCAUGUUUUUCUCCCGAUUCGACUUCUCGAUUUCCUAUCAUCCUGGCUCCAAAAAUGUAAAGGCAGAUGCCUUGUCCCAUCUCCAUGCUCCUGAGGAAAAGAACGAAGAACCUGAAACUAUUCUCCCUGAGUCCAUCUUUGUGGGCUCCAUCUCCUGGUUGGAAGAGACCUUACCCUCCUCCAAUGCCUCCACCAACGCUCCGCCGGGUUGUCCCCAAGGCUUGCAAUUUUCUGACAUUAUCUACAUGAGGAGAGAAGCUGCUGUAAAAUUUCUGAUGAAUCUGUUUGUUUCAGCAUCAGAGUUUGAUGAAAAUACAGAAGAAAAUUACACUCAACUAUUAACAUCUGUGUGCAGCUACACAUCUUUCCCCUGUGAUGAAAAUUAUGAUGAUGAUGAGUAUACUGAGUGUCAGUGUAAUUUCUUGCUGGAUCUGCGUUCAUAUGUGAAGGGCUUUGAGGCUCAAACAGGCAGGAGUCUUCCAGAAUUACAGUCAAUUUAUCAGUCAGCUCCUGCAGUCUGGAUCAUAAACCUCUCAGAGAGAAAGAGCUCCAUCCUCCUAGAAGUGCUGAAACUCCAAACAGAGAAGAAACCAGUAGAGCUGAGAGACUGGACAGAUGAAGAGAGUGAAGUGAGGGGAUUCCUCCAGUGUCUGCCCUACAUCUCACAGCUCAGAUUUUCUGACAUUAUCUACAUGAAAAGAAAAGCAGCUGUAAAGUUUCUGCUGAAUCUGUUUGUUUCAGCAUCAGAGUUUGAGGAAAAUACAGAAGAAAAUUACACUCAACUAUUAACAUCUGUGUGCAGCUACACAUAUUUCCCCUAUGAUGAGAAUUAUGAUGAUGAGUGUCAGUGUGAUUUCCUGCUGGAUCUGUUCUCACAUGUGAAGGACUGUGAGACUCAAACAGGCAGGAGUGUCCUUCCAGCAUUACAAACAAUUUAUCAGUCAGCUCCUGCAGUCUGGAUCAUAAACCUCUCAGAAAGAAAGAGCUCCAUCCUCCUAGAAGUGCUGAAACUCCAAACAGAGAAGAAACCAGUAGAGCUGAGAGACUGGACAGAUGAAGAGAGUGAAGUGAGGGGAUUCCUCCAGUGUCUGCCCUACAUCUCACAGCUCAGAUUUUUUUACAUUAACAACAUGGAGAGAGAAGCUGCUGUAAAGUUUCUGCUGAAUCUGUUUGUUUCAGCAUCAGAGUUUGAUGAAAAUACAGAAGAAAAUUACACUGAACUAUUAACAUCUGUGUGCAGUUACACAUAUUUCCCCCGCAUUGAAAACUAUGCUUGCCAUCACUCUGAUCAGUGUGAUUUCCUGCUGGAUCUGUACUCACAUGUGAAGGACUAUGAGACUCAAACAGGCAGGAGUGUCCUUCCAUCAUUAAAGACAAUUUAUCAGUUUUCAGCUCCUGCAGUAUGGCUAAACCUCUCAGAGAGAAAGAGCUCCAUCCUCCUAGAAGUGCUGAAACUCCAAACAGAGAAGAAACCAGUAGCGCUGAUAGACUGGACAGAUAAAGAGAGCGAAGUGAGGGGAUUCCUCCAGUGUCUGCCCUACAUCUCACAGCUCAGAUUUUCUGAAAUUUUCUACUGGAAGAGAGAAGCUGCUGUAAAGUUUUUGCUGAUUCUGUUUGUUUCAGCAUCAGAGUUUGAUGAAAAUACAGAAGAAAAUUACACUCAACUAUUAACAUCUGUGUGCAGCUACACAUCUUUCCCCUAUGAUGAGAAUUAUGAUGAUGAGUGUCAGUGUGAUUUCCUGCUGGAUCUGUUCUCACAUGUGAAGGACUGUGAGACUCAAACAGGCAGGAGUGUCCUUCCAGCAUUACAGCCAAUUUUUCAGUCAGCACCUGCAGUCUGGAUCAUAAAGCUCUCAGAGAGAAAGAGCUCCAUCCUCCUAGAAGUGCUGAAACUCCAAACAGAGAAGAAACCAGUAGCGCUGAUAGACUGGACAGAUGAAGAGAGUGAAGUGAGGGGAUUCCUCCAGUGUCUGCCCUACAUCUCACAGCUCAGAUUUUGUGACAUUAAGCAGAAUGAAGCUGCUGUAAAGAUCCUGCUGAAUCUAUUUGUUUCAGCAUCAGAGCUUAAUGAAAAUACAGAAGAAAGUUAUACUCAACUAGUAACAUCUGUGUGCAGCUACACAUCUUUCCCCUGUGAUGAGAAUUAUGAAGAUUAUCAGAUUGAUCAGUGUGAUUUCCUGCUGGAUCUGUACUCACAUGUGAAGGACUAUGAGACUCAAACAGGCAGGAGUGUCUUUCCAGCAUUACAGGCAAUUUAUCAGUCAGCUCCUGCAGUCUGGAGCAUAAAGCUCUCAGAGAGAAAGAGCUCCAUCCUCCUAGAAGUGCUGAAACUCCAAACAGAGAAGAAACCAGUAGAGCUGAGAGACUGGACAGAUGAAGAGAGUGAAGUGAGGGGAUUCCUCCAGUGUCUGCCCUACAUCUCACAGCUCCGAUUUUUUUACAUUAACAACAUGAAGAGAGAAGCUGCUGUAAAGAUCCUGCUGAAUCUGUUUGUUUCAGCAUCAGAGUUUGAUGAAAAUACAGAAGAAAAUUACACUGAACUAUUAACAUCUAUGUGCAGCUACACAUCUUUCCCCUGUGGGGAGAAUUAUAGUCAUUAUUAUAUAAAGAUUCAUCAGUGUGAUUUCCUGCUGGAUCUGUGGUCACAUGUGAAGGACAAUGAGACUCAAACAGGCAGGAGUGUCCUUCCAGCAUUACAGACGAUUUAUCAUUCAGCUCCUGCAGUCUGGAUCAUAAAGCUCUCAGAGAGAAAGAGCUCCAUCCUCCUAGAAGUGCUGAAACUCCAAACAGAGAAGAAACCAGUAAAGCUGAUAGACUGGACAGAUGAAGAGAGUGAAGUGAGGGGAUUCCUCCAGUGUCUGCCCUACAUCUCCCAGCUCAGAUUUUAUUACAUUAUCUACAGGAAGAGAGAAGCUGCUGCAAAGUUUCUGCUGAAUCUGUUUGUUUCAGCAUCAGAGUUUGAUGAAAAUACAGAAGAAAAUUACACUGAACUACUAACAUCUGUGUGCAGUUACACAUCUUUCCCCUAUGAUGAUGAUGAUGAUGAUGAUGAUGAUGAUGAUGAUGAUGAGCAUACUGAGGAUCACUGUGAUUUCCUGCUGGAUCUGUGGUCAUAUGUGAAGGACUAUGAGACUCAAACAGGCAGGAGUGUCCCUCCAGGAUUACAGACAAUUUUUCAGUCAGCUCCUGCAUUCUGGAGCAUAAAACUCUCAGAGAGAAAGAGCUCCAUCCUCCUAGAAGUGCUGAAACUCCAAACAGAGAAGAAACCAGUAGAGCUGAUAGACUGGACAGAUGAAGAGAGUGAAGUGAGGGGAUUCCUCCAGUGUCUGCCCUACAUCUCACAGCUCAGAUUUUAUUACAUUAUCAACAUGGAGAGAGAAGCUACUGUAAAGUUUCUGCUGAAUCUGUUUGUUUCAGCAUCAGAGUUUGAUGAAAAUACAGUAGAAAAUUACACUGAACUACUAACAUCUGUGUGCAGCUAUUCAUCCUUCCCCUGCAGUGAAAACUAUGCUUGCCAUCACUCUGAUCAAAGUGAUUUCCUGCUGGAUCUGUGUUCACAUGUGAAGGACUAUGAGACUCAAACAGGCAGGAGUGUCUUUCCAGCAUUACAGCCAAUUUAUCGUUCAGCUCCUGCAGUCUGGAGAAUAAAGCUCUCAGAGAGAAAGAGCUCCAUCCUCCUAGAAGUGCUGAAACUCCAAACAGAGAAGAAACCAGUAGAGCUGAGAGACUGGACAGAUGAAGAGAGUGAAGUGAGGGGAUUCCUCCAGUGUCUGCCCUACAUCUCACAGCUCAGGUGAGAGUUUUAUGGGGAAAAGACCACACAUGCUUGAUUAUUGUAUUCAGUGCUCACAAUAAAAUUACUGAAAUUAAUGUGUAUA